CAACCGCGUUAGGCAGUCGCGCUCGGGUGUCCUGCGCCGCGCAGUCGUGACUCGGAGUCGUCGCCGCGACCUCUCGUGACCCGUCGCCAUGCCGGUGAUGUCGAUCUGCCGCCUGCCGGACACGGAGGAGUGGGCCGACCUCCACGACAUGGGCUUCAUCCGACCUUACAUGGACAAGAUGAACGGCUCGAGCACGGGUCUGAACGGCGCGUCGGAGGCGGUCGACGAGCGGGCCUGGACCGUCGGCGUCAUCAACUCCAAGAGCAAGUACCUCACGGCCGAGACGUUCGGCUUCAAGAUCAACGCCAACGGCACCUCCCUGAAGAAGAAGCAGCUGUGGACGCUGCAGCCGACCGGGCAGCGAGACCACGUCAGCCUGCGCUCCCACCUGGGGAAGUACCUGGCCGUCGACAGCUUCGGCAACGUCACGUGCGAGGCCGACGAGCUGGAGCCGGGCGCCAUGUUCGAGAUCGCCGUGGCCGACGACGGUAGCGGCCGCUGGGCGCUCAAGAACGUGGAGCGCAAGUACUUCAUGGGCGCCGCCGGCGAUAAGCUGGUCUGCAACGCCAAGGCGCCGUCGGAUGCUGAGCUGUGGUACGUCCACCUGGCGGCCCGACCCCAGGUCAACGUGUACAGCCUGGGGCGGAAGCGGUUCGCGCACCUCUCCGAGGACAUGGACGAGAUCCACGUGGACGCCAACGUGCCCUGGGGCGAGGACACGCUCUUCACGCUGGAGUUCCGCGACAACCACUACGCGCUGCACACGUGCAACAACCUGUACCUGCACCGCGACGGGCAGCUGCAGAGCUCCUGCUCGGAGGACUGCCUCUUCGCCAUCGAGUACCACAACGGCAGCCUGGCGCUGCGCGACCGCGCCGGCCGCUACCUCUCGCCGAUCGGCUCCAAGGCGGUGCUGAAGACGCGAGGCCAGGCGGUGACCAAGGACGAGCUGUUCACCCUGGAGAACUCGCUGCCGCAGGCCAGCUUCAGCGCCGCACUCAACGACAGAUACGUCAGCGUGAAGCAGGGAGUCGACCUGACGGCCAAUCAGGAGGAGGUGGGCGAGCACGAGCGAUUCCUGAUGGAGUUCGAUCUGGCCACGCGACGCUGGUACAUCCGCACCAUGCUCGACCGCUACUGGACCCUGGAGACCACCGGCGGCAUCCAGGCGUCGUCUGGCAAAAAGACGUCUAACGCCCUGUUUGACCUGGUGUGGCACCAUGACGGCUCCGUGUCGUUCCGGGCCAACAACGGCAAGUGUCUGGCCACCAAGAAGUCCGGCCACCUGUACGCCAACUCGGAGGAGAAUGAGGAGAACGCCAAGUUCUUCUUCUACCUGAUCAACAGGCCGAUCCUGGUGCUCAAGUGCGAGCAGGGCUUCGUCGGUUACAAGAGCUCGGCGUCCACCAAGCUGGAGUGCAACAAGACCCACUACGAGACGGUGCACGUGGAGCGCGGGGACAAGGGCCAGGUGUUCUUCAAAGGCCAGAACGGCAAGUACUGGGCGCCAGAGGACGGCAUCUCGGCCUCGGCCGACCAGCCGUACCCGUUCUACAUGGAGCUGCGCGAGCCCACGCGUAUGUGCAUCAAGGACCAGCACGGCAACUACCUGUGCGCUCAGAAGAACGGCUCGUUCGCGCUGGGCACCUCCGACCUGGCCGUGGCGACCUACUGGGAGUUCUAGACGCGCGGCGGCCGGCCGGCACCGUGCUGCGGCGCAGAGGGCGCGCGCGCGCACAGCGCCGCCUGCCGGGAGUUGCUGACGGUGAUUGAUCGGCGUGGCGUGGGCACUGCCUCCUCGGAGCAGCUGGAGUCUGUGUGCGUAUGUAUGUCUGUGUGUGUGUGUGGCGAGUGCGGGCGGCGAGCCGUUCUCGAGGCGUCGGCUGUGUGGAUGGUGUGACCCCGCGCGCGUGCGGCGGUGCACGCGGCCCGGGUCUGCCCUGCGGCAGGCGGCGGCGACCGUGGGGGACGGGCCGCAUCCCCGCUGUGUGCCGCGGUGUUCGUAAGCUGUGUGACGCUGCAGACGUAUUUUUGUACGAUGUUGCUUAGCAUUACCGCCUCGGACGGAUGACCGGUCGGCGGGGAAUCGUAUGAAGGACAUCGUUUUCUUCUGGUACGCUUUCCCGCGCGCGGACAUAUUUGCACGCACGGAAGCGGAAGCGUAGGACCAGGUAACGCCCCUUUGGUCACAAAUCAAUAUGAUUCGUUCGUGUGGACGGAGAGCCAUUGUGAAAUUCGAUGCGCUCCGCACGAGGCCCUCCAGUCUCCAUGGCCGGUGCAAGUCUUUUGGAUCAGUCUGCGGACAGACAUGUACUUAUCAAGCAACAGCUUGCCCCGCUUUGAAAUGGCUUGCGGGAUAUACGUGCUGCGAUAUUCCGAGUUGUGCUUAUUUAUCAUGCCAAUACAUGACAGGACAGGCGA